GACAAAGAGAGGCUUCUUCAUGUCACCCUUGACCUGGCCCGCCGAACCCGAACAAACAUUCAAAUCGCAUCCACGGGCCCAAUUGCCAGAUUUCCACCAGAAAACGCACCCAGCAUGGCUACUGUCACGCUAGAUCAGCCAGCUGCCCUAAACGAACCAGCUACUUCCAAUGCGACAGCAACUCUUACUUCUACACAGGGUGGCGGGGCCACCUCUGAAGUUCGUGAUGCUGUUCUGCUUAAGUUUCUGGCCGACUACAAUAAAAAGCCUCUUUCAGCUCUCCGAUUAGACUUGAACAAACUCGCUUAUGGCGAUAGCGAUAUCACAAAGCAGCCGCAGCAGAUGCACGAGAUCCUGACCAAGCAUGGCUACGGAGAUUUGACAGCCGAGGAAAUCCAAAAGCUGCUCCAGCCUCCUCGGCCCAAUGCAAAGUCAGAGCCGAUUACGACUCCAGUCCAGACGAGCCCAGUGCCGACCGAGAAAGCGACAUUCAGUCUCACAUUGUUCAGCGGAUCCUACAAUGUGACCACUCCUAACCCCCCAACUUUUGUUCUGUAUGUCGAGGAUGAUUCCGGGGGGAUCCGGUUUGACGACAAGUCCAAGUACAGCCCGACGCUGGAAAUCGAUGGAGUUGGAGAUUACUGGGCAACCUGGACGGCGAACGAGCCAUCAAACACGCCGAAAAUGGAGUACAAGGUCAAAUUCACCUCCCAGUGGGACGAUAAAGAGGAGAGGAUCGACAAAUCCUUCCAAGGCUACUUCAAGAAGCCCGGCAAAGAAGGCACAACGCCUUUCAAUGGUACGCUCCAAAAGCCGGCUGAGGUUCCCAAAACCGCCAAGUGGUGGGAGGAUACGGGCAAGUGGGUUAUGUUGGGCGUCCCGCUGGGGUGGACCAUCAGCAGCUACCUCUGGACCGUGAAACGUGAUAGCGUGAAAACCAAGGCAGCCACCCGACAGUCACAGACGGCGGCGGCCGAGAACAAGUCCAAGGCAGAAUGCGCCCUCGCGGAGCGACACAUUCAAUCCACGAAUCCGGCGCGCAAGGAAGCUCUCUUGAGAAGCAUUCGCAAAGGAAUGGCGGAAACCGUUACCGAGUACGUGAAGAAAAAGUACCCAGGAGAAGACGCAGAGCAACGGGUCGGCAAUUUCGAGCCGAAGUUCGAGGGCGCCGAUAAAGAUCUCGCCAAAAAACUUUCAGACAGACGCAAGACCGAAAUCCAGAUCUGGAUGGAAGCCAAUGGUCCGGUGCCGGAGUCGCAAAUCCUUGAGGAGAUGGUGAAACAAGGCCAGUAUUCAAAGAAGGACUUUGAGGCUAGAACGUUCCGUAUUCGAGAGCAAGCCUCGCAACUUAUCGCUAACAAUCUCUCUUCAUUCGGCUCCGAUUACCAGAUGGGCGAGAUGCUUGUGGUAGAUGCAGUGCGAAGCUAUAACUAUACCUCUGCGAAAACAAGUGUCGUAAACACGAACGGGAAGAUUGCCGCGGCUGAUAAACAGCUCGAAGAUGUGGCGGCUCUGGACAGAAAGUAUAACGAGUACGCCAAUAGCCAUCCGUUGCAGAAACCGGAUAACGAAUCAAUUGAGGAUUUCGAGAAACGAAAAGGGAAGGAGGAGAAAGAGUUCAAGGAGUUAACCGAAGCCAAAACUGCAAGGGAAGAAAUAAAGAAGGUAGCAGAACGUGAGAAAAAAGACCUUGAAGAGAAGAGAACUGAACGCGCUAAGUACGAAGAGAAAGCGAAGCACGACAUAUUCGAUGGCGUGGAUAAGGUUGACAAGCCGCGAGAGCGCAAGGACGUGAUCGAGAAAUUUAAGAAGAAUCUUGGGUUUCCCUGAGCAUUGGACGCGCUCUUUUUGCGAAGAGGUUCUAUGCUGGCCGCAUGUGUUGUUUCCUCUGGGUCGAGAUACAAGACUGAACGUCGCGUAGUCGACAAUAUGUGGUAGACUUUGUUUGCUUAGGCUACGAAUCAAUAUUCGCAUUCGAUAUGAUCUGGAAGCGGCCUCAGGUCGUUUGCCUUAGAUGAUUUGGUCAAUGUCUGUGGCGCUGACGACGUGACGAUCUUCGCAUGAUGCGAUAUAACUAGGCCUCGCUAGUGCAGCUUGCUCUCCCAAGAGCCAGGAACUGAGCGGCCUUUAAGUUCUCUACCCUAGUUUAUUAAAUUACAAUUAAUUGCGCUCUGCGAAC